UCCCCUUAUAUUCCUCUUUAUUCCCUCUCCUUAAAAACUCUCAAUUUCUCACCACCACACAAAUAUUAAUCUGUCUAUCUAUCUUUAAUUUCGUCUCGAUGAACAAUAAUGAAUUAAUCUUGACGGACGCGCCUGCUAAUAACGGUGUUGUACAAACUCAGAUGGCGUAUAGGACUAGAGAAUAUUGCUGCGAAGUGGGUUGCACGUUGAAAAUAUAUAGUGGCCUCCCACUCACUCCUACCUACACAAAGACGACUCCGCUCCUUGCGUAUAUCUACUUAUUAUUCGGAGUAGUCGUCUUCCAACUGGUUUUGGAGGUCCUUAACAAACUAAAACUGAUUCUGCAGAGAGGGGUGAGAUGGAAACUGUGGCCUUGGUGAUAAUUGCCGCAACAAUUGUUAUGGGUUUCACCGAUUCAGCCAUCGCUGAGAAGGAAACCGGGGUCAUCCAUGUAGGGGGAAAGGUACUGUGCCAGGACUGCACCCAGGGCUGGAACGAAUGGGCUCAUGGUGGCAACCCCAUCAAAGGUUGCAAGGUAUCGAUAACAUGCAUGGACGAGAGAAGUAGAGUGGUGUAUUAUGGGAGCGACAUGACGGAUGAAUUGGGGCAAUUUGACAUCAUCGUGAACAAGUACAUAAAUGGGAAGAAACUGAAUACGAAGCUAUGCUGGGUGAGAUUGGUGUCGUCUCCACACCCUACUUGCAACAUUCUCACAGACUUUGCCGGUGGACGGAGAGGGGUGAAGCUUAGCCUUCCGGCCACCUUGGUGUACCGCGAUCAAACCGAGUAUACGCUAGGUCCCUUCUAUUUUACAAACCCAUUGUGUGAUGAACCCGAUACCAACAACAACUCCAAAGAUUCUCAAGGAACCCACUAUUGAUGAUCAUGUUUCUGAUUAAUUAAUGUACGUGUUUGUUCUUCUUCAACGUUUUUUCUAAAUUUCCCGAUCAUGUACUUUGGGAUAAUUUUACAUAUAUAUUAUUAAGUA